CUAUUAGCUCCUAAAACUAAUGUAGAGUUAGCAACGUUUAUAAAUAAGGAAUUUCUUUCUGAUGCCUAAGAGGCUGUGAAGAUUUCCCUUCUUAAAAUGAAAGCCGUGACAAUAAUGUUUUUCUUUUGGAGUUAUAAUUCAUUCAUAAAAGGAUUCAGGGCUAAUGAAAGAUUUGAGAAUGUGGUUCUUCAAAGGCCUGACGUCUCAGUGAAAGGAAUGAUGGACUCAAUAACUAUGAGCUGCACAUUAACUAAUCAUCAGAAUCACACACAGAUACAGGAUGUCUCCAUAAAAUGGAAAGGCAUGCAUAAAAACAGAGUGCCAGCAAGCUACAGCAAUGACAAAUAUGUCCUUCCUGAAGAAUUUCAAGGACGUGCCUAUGUCAGGUGGUUUCAACAUAAUCUCACCAGUAUUUUUCAUAUUUGUGAUCUCCUUGUAAAUGACACAGAUGUUUACAAGUGCCAAAUAACAUUUCGAGUAUCAGAUCACUUGGAAACUGCUGAAGGAAAUGGGUCAAGGCUCAAUGUAACAGAUUUUGGACAUAGUAUGAAAAAUGAUUCCAUGAAGAAACGCCCAACUCACAGCACACCACCACAGCCUUGGAACGGUGUACGUUACAUGGUGAUAUGCACCGCAGUUGUAAUAAUGGGAGCUUUAAUCUACAUUUACUGGACAAAGAAAGGACACAACUAUACAAAUGAGGAUUGUCAUGGAAAAUGUUUAAGAGGCGGUAACCCAAAUAAUUUCUGAUGUUGACAUCUUUCUGCAUGUAAUAGAAGUACAGUACAUCAACAAUGCAGUGAACUUUAACAAUGACAUCAUAGUUUAUGACAAGAACAAAAAAGUGUAGUUCAUGACAAUAACAAUUAAAUACAAAUUAUACUAGCUUUUGCAUACACAAUGCUUUAUCAAGUAUUAAAAUAUCACUCAUAGAACCCUACUUAACUGCAAUAAUAAUCAAUGUACACAGUCAUGAAAUGAAUAAUGUAAACAUUUAGAUUUUAUAAUACCUUUUUUAAACACAGGCUUCAUUAAUACCUAGUAGAUGAACAUCUAUAUUUAGCCUGAUAAUUCCCCCCUUCUCCUUACUUUCUGCCUAAUUUGCAAUGGUGCCUAUUCUAACACACAAAAUGUAAAUGUAUGUUCCAUGCCCAUUAUAUUAACAUAGUUUAUGACAAAGAUGUAAGUGAAAUCUUGAGAAAGGUUUCAGACAGACAAAAAUAUGUUUUUUUUAAAUGGCAAUAAUUAUGUGCCUGACAAGCAUAAUGCUGAGUUUUAUAUGUUUAUAUUUUCUGUGGAUGGCUUGUCACCUGACCUUAAACAGUUAAAAACAAAGGCAGUACAUGAUAUGACAGCACCAACUGAUGCAAAACAGGACACAAGUCUUUUGUGUGGUGUCAUUUAUAGUUGCAGAGUAAUAAAAUAUAUAUAUUUUCAAUUGUGGCAUCACUAAAAGAUUUAAGGAAGAAAGAUGUUCCAUUUAUCUGAGUAUAAAACUAAGGAUUACAAAAAACAAAAGAAAUAUGGUUGAGCUUAGACACAGUAAUAUCUUUAUUUUGCUACAAACAUUCCUGCUAUGUUACAAGUAUUUACAAGCAUUGUAGGACUUGAUGUAAUCUUAUUAUCAGGGGUGCCAGAAGCUGUUGAAGGUGGGAGGUGGAGAGGAAGGGGGCACUUAGUGAUUUAAGAAUGUCAAUUUUUCCAGGUGAUUAUACACAGAGUUAUCUGAGGAGGAGCGCCUGAUCUGUGAUACAUAGCAAUAAGUAGCCUAUUUUUUUGUUUAUUUUUAGUAGUUGUUGCUUAUUCUAGAUAUUUAUAGCAAUUUUAUUGUAUACUGCAUACGUGUACUGUAUUUCAUAGCUGAUGGCUCACUGCUGGUGUUUUGCUGUGAUAAACAUUUCUGUAGUGUUUUCUGCCUAAAAUAGUUUAGGUCAUAGCUGUAAUA